GCCGCUUCUUCCCCAGUCCUGGGCGUCGGAGCCCAGGCUCGGGGGCGGGGCGGAAAGCGCCCGUGGGCGGGGCCACAGGCGCCUCGCGGCGUUUGGGGGCGGGGCCAAGGCGCCUCGCGGCGUUUGGGGGCGGGGCGGGACCCGCAGGGCGCUUCCGGUUCCGGCUGCGGGGGAAGGGGCGGGGCCGGCGUGGUGGUGGGAGAGUUUGGGGGCGACGAGGCGUGCGUGGUGGCUGUGGAGAACUCGGAAACCGGCGCGCCUCUCCCUGUUGGAAGGCUUCUAGCACCAGGAUGAGUCUGCAGUGGACUGCAGUUGCCACCUUCCUCUAUGCGGAGGUCUUCGCUGUGCUGCUUCUCUGCAUUCCCUUCAUUUCUCCCAAAAGAUGGCAGAAGAUUUUCAAGUCCCGCCUUGUGGAGUUGGUAGUGACCUAUGGCAACACCUUCUUUGUGGUUCUCAUCGUCAUCCUCGUGCUGCUGGUCAUUGAUGCUCUUCGGGAGAUUCGCAAGUACGACGAUGUGACCGAGAAGGUGAACCUGCAGAACAAUCCCGGGGCUGUGGAGCAUUUCCACAUGAAGCUCUUCCGGGCCCAGAGGAACCUCUACAUCGCCGGCUUCUCCUUGCUGCUGUCCUUCCUGCUUAGACGCCUGGUAACUCUCAUCUCCCAGCAGGCCACGCUGCUGGCCUCCAAUGAAGCCUUUAAAAAGCAGGCAGAGAGCGCUAGUGAAGCAGCCAAGAAGUACAUGGAAGAGAACGACCAGCUGAAGAAGGAAGCUGCUGUGGGCGGAGUCAAGUUAGAUGGCGGCGACGCAGGAGGGAAGGUGGAGGAAGAGAACAGGAGCCUGAAGGCUGAGCUGAAGAGGCUGAAGGAAGAGCUGGCCGUCAGCAAGCAGAAGCUGGAGAAGGCUGAAAACGAGGCUCUGGCCAUGCGGAAGCAGUCGGAGGGCCUCACCAAGGAGUACGACCGCCUGUUGGAGGAGCACACAAAGCUGCAGGUCAGCACGCCGCCGCCGCCUGCCCUGUUGGAACGGGACCCUGCCCCACCCCCCGAGCGGGCGCAGAGCUGGCUGCCCAUUCUCUCUGCCUCGGGGCGGACCUGUCCCUGGGAGAGGCCUCGGCAGCGGGCUGGCUGCUUGCUCUCUCCCCCAGUCCCCCUUUUCCCUCUUGCUGCUGAGUCUGGUGCCAGUCUGGGUCCAACAGCCGGAACGCUUUCUUGAGCAGGAGGGCUUGUGGCCUGGUAGGGGGCAGCUGCUAACGAAGGUGGCCUUGGUAGCUGGGCCCUAGCCUCGUGCCCAGCAUCAGUGCCCCCUUGAGCAAAGCUCCUUUCCUUGGGUACAGUUCUCGUCCCGCGUACACCGCAGGGGAAACGCCAGCCCCGGCUGCUGGCUUCCCGCUGUGGGGGCUGUGGGGGCUGUGGGGUGAGGUGGGGCAGAGAGCUCCAGGCUGCGCUGCUGGUCACAGCCUCCACCUACACCGCCAGGCCCCUCAGACUACCUGCAUCCGGAAGCUUGGGUGGCCUGGAAAUGGGGCGUGAGGGCCCAGCAGAUAGACACCCCUAGGUUCUGACAGCUCGCCUUGGUGCCUGGUGGCCCAAGUUUGGGCACCAUGGAGGGCGGAGAGGAGCUGACAGCUUCAGCGCAGGGCAGGCUCCCCAGCGGGACCUGUGCAAGGUGUGCAGAGUCGGAAAGAGCCUGAACUGGGACUUGGAAGGGACUCAAAUGCCGAGGUGCCCUGGGGACGAGGGUGCGGGCGAGGGAGGCCCAGGAGGUAUUGCUGCGAGGGCGGGGCUCUAAGAAAAGAGUGACAGCGGAGGCUUCCAGCUGUGCCCCCUCCCACUGGAGUGGGGCCAUUCCUACCCUGGCAGGCCGUGGGGUGCCGCUGAGGGUGGGGUCCCUCGCUCACCUGGCUACCUGGCAUUUGGGGAAAGGCGCACCCUGCUGGGCCUCCCUGUAGGGUGGCGGGGCUGGAAGGCGAAGGGGAGGAGGGCACCCUGCCAACCCACUGCUUUGCAAUUUCUGUCCCCUUUGCAGGCGGCGGUAGAUGGCCCCACGGACAAGAAGGAGGAGUGAGGGCCCCUGUUCCCUGCCCGUGGCUGGCUGCUUCGCGAGAGCCCAGCCUCCCUCGGCACUUCGGCUCGCUCCCCUCCGCUGCUGUUUCCCCGCGCUGCUUGCAGUUCCACGCGCCCCCAGCAUUCUGUAGGGGACCCAGUUCCCGUCCAGGAUGAGCAGGGCUUGCUUUCCGCUGGAUUGAGCCCCUUUGUGUUACGUGUUGCUGUUCGCGCCUCCAAGGCCCCCUUUCUCUGGUCCUGCAGGAAGGCAGAUGGAGCAGGAAGAGUAGAGGUUUCUCGGGGCAAUAAAGGUUGUUGUGAUGUGUU